CCACCCCUGACGGCCCCUCCCCCACAGGGCGACCUGGCCAGGAAGAAGAUCUACCCCACGAUCUGGUGGCUGUUCCGGGACGGGCUCCUCCCCGAUGCCACGCGCGUUGUUGGCUUCGCCCGCUCACCCCUCAGUGUGGAGCUCAUCCGGGAGCAGACCCUUCCUUACCUCAAGGUGACCCCUGAGGAUGGGCCCCGCCUGGCCACGUUCCUGUCCCUGCAGAGCUUCGUGCGGGGUCAGUAUGGGGAUGAGGCCUCGUUCCGGGCACUGGAUGCUCACCUGCGGGGGCUGCCUGGGGGUGACCGCGCCCACCGGCUCUUCUACCUGGCCCUGCCCCCCAGCGUGUACACACCUGUGACACAGCACUUGAGGGCUCUAUGCAUGGGACAGGGGUGGAACCGUGUGAUCGUGGAGAAGCCGUUCGGGCGGGACCUGGGCUCAUCGGAGGAGCUGUCAGCGCACCUGAGCGCACUGUUCCGCGAAGAGCAAAUCUACCGCAUGGACCACUACCUGGGCAAGGAGAUGGUGCAAAGCCUCAUGGUGCUGCGGUUUGGCAACCGCAUCUUCGGGCCCAUCUGGAACCGCGACAACGUUGCCUGCGUGGUACUCACUUUCAAGGAGCCCUUUGGCACCGAGGGCCGUGGCGGCUACUUUGAUGACUUUGGCAUCAUCCGGGACGUGAUGCAGAACCACCUUCUGCAGCUGCUCUGCCUCGUGGCCAUGGAGAAGCCAGCGUCCACCAACCCCGACGACGUCCGCGAUGAGAAGGUGAAGGUGCUCAAAUGUAUCAGCCCAGUGGAGCUGCAGGACGUGGUGCUGGGCCAGUACGUGGGCAACCCUGAGGGCCCCCCCGAGGCACAGAAGGGGUACCUGGACGACCCCACGGUGCCCCCCGGCUCCACCACACCCACCUUUGCCACUGCUGUGCUGCGUGUGGCCAAUGAGCGCUGGGACGGUGUCCCGUUUGUGCUGCGCUGUGGGAAGGCGCUGAACGAGCGCAAGGCCGAGGUGCGGCUGCAGUUCCGGGAGGUGCCUGGGGACAUCUUUGCACGGCAGUGCAAGCGCAACGAGCUGGUGGUGCGGGUGCAGCCGCGUGAGGCUGUCUAUGCCAAACUCAACACCAAGAAACCGGGCAUGUUCCUGCGACCGGAGGAGUCUGAGCUCGACCUCACCUACGGCAGCCGCUACAAGGAUGUGAAGCUGCCGGAUGCCUAUGAGCGGCUGCUGCUGGACGUCAUCUGCGGGAACCAAAUGCACUUUGUGCGCAGGUGAGAGGGGACAGGUGACACCUGGGGAUGAGAGGGAC